AUGCCUUUGGAACAAAGACACGAUAUUCGUGAACUGCCACCGGAUCCGCGAAUUCUCGCAGGUCAGCGUUAUCGGAAGUCCCUCAACUAUGUCGCGCAGUUGGCAAUAUGGAUCGGUAAUCUUUAUUUCAGUGCGCGCUUGUUAUUGAUCUUGUUUUUUUCCCGACAAACUUGGCCCAUGUGGGCUCUAAUCAGAUGUCUAGAUUUGUCUCGAAAGGAACAACUCCUGGUUGUGGCUGCAAGCCAAGUUCCAGGUGGUGGUCCCCGCAAGAGACUGCGGCUUCAAGGCACGAAAAAUCUGCCCUAUGUGGAUAUCCUGUUACCUUGCUGCGGAGAGCCGGUCGAUGUGAUCAUGGAUACAGUGCGAGCAGCAUGUACCUUGGACUACCCCGUAUCUCACUUUCGAGUCUUGGUGUUAGAUGAUGGCGGUUCAACCGUGCUGAAGAAAGCCGUGACUACGUUGCAGUCUCAAUGUCCUCAUCUGUCCUAUCAUUCUCGCGGCAGACAGUCCGGUCUGGUGUUUGCAAAAUCUGGAAAUCUGAAUUAUGCCUUGACGACCCUGCAGCGAGAGAUCCAGCCAGAGUUCUGCGCCAUUCUAGAUGCCGACUCUAUCCCGACAAGGGAUUUUCUUCGAGGAACUCUGCCCCAUUUGCUUCUGAACCCUAACUCGGCGUUGGUCUCUACCCGGCAAUAUUUCUCCAAUCUUCCCAAAGGCGACCCGCUUUCUCAAGCACGGUCUCAUUUUUAUACCUGCCAAAAUGCAGAGCUGGAUAUAUUGGGAAACGCCAUAGAUGCUGGAUCCGGUGCAGUUUUCCGGCGGAAAUCCAUCGUCGAAGUCGGCCUCUACCCCACUUACUCUUUCUCCGAGGACUGGCAGCUCUCACUGGUGUUACAUGGCAUGGGACACCGCACUAUGCAGGUGCAGGAGCCUUUUCAAUAUGGGCUUGUCCCAACUUCUCUCACUGGACAUAUUGCUCAAAGAAAUCGCUGGUAUAUCGGACAUGCCCAGCAAUUUAUGGCGGUAAUUUCUCGGGAGAUUCAAACUCUUCCAAAGCAUUUGCAGCGGAACAUUGCCCUCAAUGGCGUGGGAAUUAUUGCAGCAGAAUUAAGUUGUUUGAUUGGCUUCUGUGCUGUUCCAUGCCUUCUUCUUUCUGAACAACUGAUCCCGGUCAGCUCUCCCUUCAUGACCAAGCUCCAGUUUUUACUUGCUGUGUUACAAGUCCUCGUAACUUGGCUCUAUGAAUAUGCUCAGGCCGCGCAUACAGGCUUCCGGAGUGUGCCAUUCGCUCACCUGGAGAACAAGUGGCUUGCUGGCGGGAACAUCUUUAGCAUCCUCAAGUUCUAUUUGUUAACCAGCAAACCUAAAGGCUCAUUUGUGACAGGAAGCACCGCAAAUUCUUGGAACCGCAACUCCUCCACCCCGCUGUACAUGAAGUUACACCGGGACCUAUGGCAGAACUGCAUCUGGAUCAAUGUACUCACGGUUUUUGCAAUACUUGGAGCUCUUUUCUACUCCACGACUGCAGUGGUAUCUGCAAGCAACGCGGGUUUGGCCUGUCCUCUGCUCACCACUGUCACCUGGCCACCGUUGCUACAAUUGUGCUACCUGGCCGUAUCGAGCAACUGGGUGCCGAUGGCGUACCUCCUGAAUCCUCCAAAGCAUUCUGAUCAUAACUCGGAGCCAUGUCAACCGAAUUCCCGGAUCUUAGCCCUUGAUUCUGAAAAAAGGGCUUUACCACGAUUCAAGCACGAUAUAGGCAGGGUGGGGAGGGAGAUGCUCCAUCUAGGAAGCAUAGUAGAAAUUGGUGAAGGUGAAUUGUAG